AUGAUAAAAAUCAUCGUAAUUCUUAUUAUUUUUCUUGUUCAUAUUGAACCAGAUUCUGUUUUGACAUCAAACAUAGACUUAAGUCGUUUAGAAGAAAAUCUUCUUUAUUCAUAUUUAAAAAAUCAAACUAAUUUAAAAUUAUUUUAUAAUAAAUUAAUUGAAUCAAAUGGUGUUGAUGAUCUAAUAUAUGUUCGUCAUAAGAUUACUGAUGAAGAUAUUAAACAAGAUACUAUUGAAAAUAAGUGUUUUCAAUCAACGAAUGAUUUACUUAAUGCAUUAAAUAUUACAAGAAUAAAUGAAAAUACUACUCUAACUCGUAUAGAUGUCAAACAAUUAACUCCAACUUUAGUCAAUGUGAAAUUUAAUGAAGGAUGCUUAAAACAGCAAGGCACUACAAAAUGGAAAAAUAUAUUGGUUGGUUUGAUCUCAGUAAGUAUUAUUAAUUUAGCGGCACUUUUUAGUGCAAUUAUUUUACCAUUUCGAAAAAGACCUGCAUUUAAAUGGCUUCUAACUACUUUUAUUGGUUUAGCUGUUGGUACACUUCUUGGUACUGGUAUAUUUCAUCUUAUUCCAAUGGCAUUUAGUAUUGAAGAUUAUGAUAAAGAUCUAACUUUUCUCACUAAGGCUCUCAUAACAACAAUUGUUAUUUAUUUAUUUUAUAUGCGUGAUCAAAUAUUCGAAACUUUUCUUCAUAUUGAAACGCCCAUUCUUCAACAGAAAAAUACAAAAAGUUUAAGAGAAAAUCUAAGAACAAUGAAACCAAUCGGAUGGAUGAUUCUUCUCAGUGAUCUACUUCAUGGUUUUAUUGAUGGUCUUACUAUAGGUGCAAUUGCUAUCGUUUCAAUAAGUGAAUGUCUUCGUAUGAUGGUACCCAUUGUUUGUGAAGAAUUUUCUCAUAAACUCGGUGAUGCUGCCGUUUUAUUAAGUAGUGGUCUUCCAAUAAAGCAAGCUCUUUUAAUGAAUUUUUUAUCUUCAUGUGGCUGUUAUCCCGGUGAACUUGAAAAUUUUCAUCCAUGGAUUUGUGCAUUAGCAGGUGGUAUGUUUGUUUAUAUUGGUCUAGCUGAUAUGAUUCCUGAACUUAUUUCCAUGGGUCAUGAAAUUGAAAAAGAUCAUGCUACGAGUAAUAAACCAAUCACAAGAAUAUUGAAGCUUAAAAUUCUACUUUGUCAAAAUAUGGGUGUUAUUUUUGGUAUAGCAGUUAUGUUUUUAUUGGCCAAAUAUGGUGAAACAUUAUCUCACUAUUUUUAA